CCAAGAGCCAAAGACACACAAGGCGGAUCCCUGUGCAGCUCAUUGCCAUUGGUGUGAGUGUGCUCAGUAAGUGAGUGCGCCUCCCUCUCCCCCACCUCCAACUUUCCAUGCUGUCUGUCAGAUACUCGACACCCCUGUAGCUGUAUAUUCUGUGUGCAGACCCUGUGUAAUGUGGUGCCUGGCUCCUGCUAGAUCAAGCUGCUACAUUUAAUCCCUGCAAGACUCCUAUAGUGCAAAGACAGACAGAACAGAAGACUUGGGCAAGAGGAGGAAACUCUCUAAACUAAAGAAGAAGCCAUCAUGGUUCCCUGUGGACCAGCUUUAUCAGUCGUUCGAAGUUUACUUAGAAGGAAGAUUGUAACAUUAGACAGUCUUGAAGACUCCAAGCUAUGUCGCUGCCUUUCGACUGUGGACCUCAUCGCUCUGGGAGUUGGAAGCACUCUUGGAGCCGGAGUCUAUGUUCUUGCUGGAGAAGUGGCAAAGUCAAACUCUGGACCGAGCAUUGUCAUUUCCUUCCUUAUUGCAGCACUGGCAUCUGUAAUGGCAGGCCUCUGCUAUGCUGAGUUUGGAGCCCGGGUGCCAAAAACUGGAUCAGCUUACUUAUACACAUAUGUCACAGUUGGGGAACUCUGGGCAUUUAUUACAGGCUGGAAUCUUAUUCUAUCUUAUGUCAUAGGUACCUCCAGUGUGGCACGGGCAUGGAGUGGCACAUUUGAUGAACUUUUAGGGAAGCAGAUUGGUGAAUUUUUUAGAACAUAUUUCAGGAUGAAUUCACCUGGACUGGCUGAAUAUCCUGAUUUUUUUGCAGUGUGUCUCAUAUUGCUUUUAUCAGGGUUAUUAUCCUUUGGAGUAAAGGAAUCAGCCUGGGUGAAUAAGGUGUUCACAGCAGUCAAUGUUUUGGUCCUCUUGUUUGUAAUGAUUGCUGGAUUUGUGAAAGGAGAUGUACAAAACUGGAAGAUAUCCGAGUCCUUCCUUCAAAAUAUCUCCGCUCCACCUGGAAACUAUGUGUCAUAUGAAAAUGUGACUAGUAAACAUGGAGCUGGAGGCUUCAUGCCAUAUGGCAUGACUGGGAUGCUGGCUGGCGCAGCUACUUGCUUCUAUGCCUUCGUUGGGUUUGACUGCAUUGCAACAACCGGAGAGGAAGUGCGGAAUCCACAAAGAGCAAUACCCAUUGGAAUCGUGACCUCCUUGCUGGUGUGUUUCAUGGCGUAUUUCGGUGUGUCAGCAGCCCUGACCUUAAUGAUGCCUUACUACCUGUUAGAUGAGAAGAGUCCUCUUCCUGUUGCCUUCCAGUAUGUUGGCUGGGGCCCUGCUAAAUAUGUGGUGGCUGUUGGGUCCCUUUGUGCGCUGUCAACCAGCCUGCUGGGCUCUAUGUUUCCUCUCCCCCGAAUUCUGUUUGCCAUGGCAAGAGACGGUUUACUAUUUAGAUUUCUUUCCAACGUGAGUGAACGGCAGUCGCCAGUUGCUGCCACACUGACAGCUGGUGUGAUCUCUGCUAUAAUGGCGUUUCUGUUUGACCUGAAAGCUCUGGUUGACAUGAUGUCCAUUGGAACACUCCUGGCCUACUCCCUUGUGGCAGCCUGUGUCCUCAUCCUCCGGUACCAGCCUGGCCUUGGUUAUGAGAAGCCUAAAUGUGUUCCAGAUAAAGAAAUGCUGUCUGCGUCAGAGAGAGAGUCAAUGAUGAAUGAAUCCCAAAUUAUUAUCCUACAAGAACAGGGAUUUAGCUUUCGCUCCCUUCUGUAUCCCCCCAGCCUACCAACAGAACAGUCCGCUUCUGUGGUUAGCCUACUCGUGGGACUUUUAGCCAUUAUAAUUUGCGCACUUAGUGUUCUUACAACCUAUGCAGUCCAAGCCAUAGCAAAUCUGGAGAUGUGGAGUAUCGCACUUCUUAUUGUAUUCAUCAUACUCAUCUUUUCGAUCAUUUUCGUCAUCUGGAAACAACCUCAGAACCAGCAUAAAGUUGUUUUUAUGGUUCCACUACUACCAUUUCUGCCUGUUUUUAGUGUCUUAGUAAAUGUUUACUUAAUGGUGCAGCUUAGUGGGGACACGUGGAUAAGAUUUAGUGUUUGGAUGGCUCUAGGAUUUGUAAUUUACUUUGCCUAUGGCAUAAGAAACAGUGUUGAAGGCAAACUCAAAAAACACAAAGAUGAGGAAGAUGAAGACAGUAACUCAGACAACAGUGGAGUGGAGGAGAAAAUGCCAGGAAAGGAAAAUGAAGAGGAAAACGCAAAAGAAAGUGACCAUUUUAUUUUACACGAAAGGACAAGUGAAUGCUAGUGAUACUUGGCACGGAAGAUGUAUAUGCAUCCUUCAAUCAAGCUGCACACUGUACCUGCAUUAGGUUAUUUGAUCCGAUAUUUGAAAUUAAAUGUAUUGUGUGCAAUGUUAUGGAUUGCCAAAAGAUCAGAGUACGAUAAAGUUCUGCUGUAUGGAUCCAUGUGUUCUCCCAAAAACAACUUUUUAGAUUUUCCAUGUCUACUAAAAAAGUGAGAGGGGUUUGACGCCUUGCUGCUAAACUGCUUUAUUUUGUAUCUAAAUGUCUUAAGAUGUACAGUAUAUGCUUCUCAGUGAAUGUCCAAUCAGAACCUCAACCUGAAACCUUUUUCUUUCAAUUGGGCAAUAGGCCGUAUUCCUGAAUAGUAUUUAAUUGUCACUAAAAUAGACAAUGUCGUUUUUUUUCGUUGUUUUUUUUUUCCGUAGUUUUCUUCAUAUUUUUAAACAAUGACAGUCAUGAGAUCAGCAGUCAUUUCUUGAGAGAGCUUCUCAGUGGACACAGUGUCUUAAUCUAACAUGGCUAUGGCAAAAUUCAAUCUUUGAGCUCAAUGGUCAAGUGACCUAGGAAAGAUCUACAACAAACAAAAACUAUUAACAUCAAAUUUUUUUUUACUAACAGGAAAGCAUUAAUAUAAUUAAGAUGAUCCCUGUUUGGAUAGCCAUAAAAGACUGUCAGAUUGUCCUGUGAGGAUCAACCUCCCAGAAUGCAUUUCUUAUAACUGUAUAUUCAUGUUGUUUAUCUUUUUUAUAUUGUAAGUAAUGAGUCAUUUAAAAGAAAAAAGAGAGGUGUAAAAAUAACUUUAUGUACUGAGUGUGAGUCUGCAAUUUUCCGAAGAAGCCAGCAAGAGCUUUCUUGAAAGGCUAUGAACACCUUUGCAAUGACUUUUUUUUACUGUUGAUUUGUUUCCUCAAUGCAAAAAGCAGCGACUUUCGACAUAGUCUUCAUUAGAAAUCUCCUAACCUUCUUAUCAAAGAUAACAGCAGGGAGGAGGUUGCACACCAACUUAUUUAGUAGACAGGGGGAAGAGAACACUUGUAGGAAAACUUACACAUGUUGGAAAGUGACGGCGGAGCAGAUACAAGGCAUUCUCAUUGGGAAAAUGAUAAAGGCUGUGUAAAAGUAUGAAGAGAAAAUAGAGCUCAUACAGCACAAUUUAAAGGUUUUAGAAGAAAAAGUUUUUUUUUUUUAAAUACCUAUAGAAUAAAACAUUUCUGCACCAUAAUAAGUGCAUAACAAGAAGAAAAAAAAUACUUUUCAAAAGGUGUCCAAAGCCUUUAAGAAGUUUAAUCUUUACUAUUAUUUAAAAAAAAUAUUGUAACAUGUCAAACAGAAAGGCGGGGAGAGAAGUACUCAGCUGAGUGCUUCUCGUUACUCAUUCUAGCAGUGGGUGGGAGUCUGAACACCUACACCCCGACCAAAAAAAAUUUGACAUGUUGUUAUUGUAAUUGGCUGACACGGUUUGCAGGAUGUAUGUGCACUACAUUGUUUGAGAAUGUUACAUAAUGUUCUUAUGAUCGGAUUAUCCCUGGUUACACAAUGCAGUUUUCAGUCUGUAUUUUGGACCAGACAAUGACAGAUACACCAUCAUUCUGGUACAGAAUAUGCGAAUUGCCUGGCCUACAUGCAAUGCACCAAAUUUGUUUUGUGCUCCAGACACUUUUUGCACCUCAUUACAUACUUUCCAGAGGUGUCUAGUAAAGGGGUGUCUAAGUGGAAUCCUAAAAUGUGCCAAAUGUAUUAAAGACUAGAAAGUCUCGAUAACGGGUGGUCUUCUCAAGGGCACAGUCUUUUGAAAAAGUUUCACUGUAUAUUUAUUUUUAACCAUGUAAACAGGACACAAAUUCCUUUUACCAUUUGGCCACCCACUUCACAAUGAUUUUGAACACUGGUUAAAGGUGGAACAUUGGAACAGUACUAAAAAAGCUCAGGGUUAUUCAAUGUUUGGAUAGACAUGUUUGAAACAGAUGAGUCCAUAAUCUGAAAUUGUACACAGAAGAGCAAGCAACAUACUUCUGUGCAUUUUAGUAUUCCCUUAACUAAGAGAUCUUAAUGUAAUAAUUUUAUUUACAAUUGAUUUCUAUAUUUGUUACUUUUGCAAAGUCAUAUUUUAUAAAAUAAUUCUUAACUACCUUUUAAGGUCAUUGCUUUAUACAUUGUAAACAUUUUUGUUCUAGCUAAAAAAAAAAAAAAACACUGACCCCAUAAACUGAAACUAUUACUUUACAUAGUAAAGGCAGCCAUUUUGAACCAGGCCCUUGAAACCUAUUACUGUUCACAAAGAGCAUUAAGAGCACAAAGAGCAUUAUUCCACGCUCCUGCCCAUUUCUCCUUUUGUCUCCAUUACUUUUUAUUUAGAAGCUGCAUUAUGUCUCCUGCAGCAUUGAAGGGCAGUUUGAUAUUUAGCAAAUCCCCAUUGGCCUCUUCUGUAUUUAUAGCUAGAUGUUCUCAUAAAGUGGUCAGUCAGACAGGGAGUCAGUGGUUGCUAAGCAAUCUAAAGUACAAUACCCUGGUUAAUGCUCUGAAAGUGUCGCAAGCUGAUGUAUGGAGUUUGAAUUUUGUGUAUUCACUUACUGCAACAGGUUUCGGCUUUAAAUUCAUGACUCACUUCAACUGACAUUGAAGUGACCUUAAGCAAUGUAAGUGGUGGAUACUGAAUAAGAGUUGAGAACCCAUGACCUUACGUAUUCAGUGGUCAGCAAUGGACAACAUAUGUUGUCUCUUAGUGUUUCAUAUUGUUUGGUCAUACUGUCCUAAUGUAUUGUGAAUUUUGUUAUUAUGUUGUACAGUAGAUAGUAUUAUUUACAAAGUAGUUAAAUACUACCAGAAAAAAACUAAAAUCUCAGCACAAUAAAAUAAACACUGUGUUGGCAAAUGCCGUACUGCCGGUAUAAAGAGUUUUCUGAUAGUUAUCUAGUGGUCUAUAUAAAGUAUCUAUACAUAUGUCUCUACAUUUAUCCAUAGUAGUCUAACACUGUUACACUAAUAGCCCUUAGCACUAAUUCUCACAUUUCAAAAGUUUUCAUAACUCGGUAUAUUUUGUAUUUUAUACAGUUUGCUAAGACUGUAAGAGCUAUGCUUUUCUACUAUAAUAAAACCAGGGUUUAUCUUUUUGUAUAAAUUUGUAUAUUUGUUCUUUUUCUUAUACUGAAAGUAUUACUUUUAUUUUCUUCUUUGUUGAUAUAUGGAAUAAUAGCAAUUUAAAGUGUAGUGUACAGAAAUAAAUAUAUUAAAUAUAC